AGAUGUCGACAUCAUCAUGGAACGUCUGAGAAAUGUGAAAGCUUUUGAACGAUUCCACCCCCGUCUGCUGCAGCAGAUUUGUUUGUGUGGGUUCUAUGAGCGCUUGGUGAAAGGGAUCACUCUAUUUCGCCAGGGAGACAUUGGCACGAGCUGGUAUGCUGUCCUGUCUGGUUCCCUGGACGUGAAAGUGUCAGAAACAUCAAGGUAUCAGGAUGCCGUCACUAUUUGCACCCUGGGGACCGGCACAGCGUUUGGAGAGUCGAUCCUGGACAACACCCCCCGACAUGCUACAAUUGUCACUCGGGAAUUCAGCGAGCUCCUACGCAUUGAACAAAAGGAGUUCAGGUCCCUCUGGGAGAAAUAUCGUCACUGCAUGGCUGGACUACUUGUUCCACCCUAUGGAGUGAUGGAGAGCAGUGGAUCUGACAGAAUGCCAGAGAAGGAGAACAUAAGCAACAGUUCAUUUGUUUCAAUGUCCAGCCAUCCAAACAAGAAGUCCUUUCAUGAAAGUCCAGCCAAACUUCAGAAUAAAAGCCCAUCUCAGGUUCCCUCUGAGAAGAUCCUGCGAGCGGGGAAGGUCCUCCGCAAUGCCAUCCUUUCCAGAGCGCCUCACAUGAUCCGGGACAGAAAGUACCACCUGAAGACCUACAGGCAAUGCUGUGUCGGGACAGAGCUGGUCGACUGGCAGAUGCUGCAGAGCUCUUGUGUCCACUCCCGCCUCCAGGCUGUGGGCAUGUGGCAGGUGCUGCUGGAGGAAGGUGUCCUUAACCAUGUGGACGGAGAGACAAGCUUCCAGGACAAGUACCUGUUCUACCGCUUCCUGGACGAUGAGCAGGAGGAUGCUUUGAUACCCAGUGAUGAUGACAUGAGGGAGAGCGAGGGGGAGCUGCAGGACACUCUGCUCUUCCUCUCACAGAUUGGACCAGAUGCUCUUAUGAGGAUGAUCUUAAGGAAACCACCUUCUGAAAGAUCACCGGAUGACUUGGAGAUCAUUUAUGAAGAACUACUUCAUAUAAAGGCCUUAUCACACCUAUCAACAACUGUGAAGAGGGAGCUAGCAGGAGUUCUUAUCUUUGAGUCCCAUGAGAGAGCAGGGACAGUGUUGUUCCACCAAGGAGAGGAGGGCACAUCUUGGUACAUAAUUUUAAAAGGCUCAGUGAAUGUCGUCAUCUAUGGAAAAGGUGUUGUCUGCACUCUUCAUGAAGGAGAUGACUUUGGGAAGCUGGCACUGGUCAAUGACGCCCCCAGAGCUGCCUCCAUUGUCCUUCGAGAGGACAACUGUCAUUUCCUGAGAGUGGACAAGGAGGAUUUCAACAGGAUUUUGAGGGAUGUUGAGGCCAACACUGUGCGUCUAAAGGAGCAUGGUCAAGAUGUUCUGGUGCUUGAGAAGAGUCUCAGCAGCAGCCGAAACUCUGUUCACGGAUCCUCUGCAGCUCACCACAAAUACAACAUAAUUUCCGGGACACCAGAGAAGAUUUUGGAGCACCUUCUCGAAAUGAUGCGUUUGGAUUCUCAGUUCACCGAGUCAGAUUCAGCCUUAGAUGACUUUGUGCUUACGCACUGCGUUUUCAUCCCCAACAGUCAGCUAUGUCCGGUGCUAAGAGACCACUACCACGCUCAGGCCUCGCAGGGCUCUGAGCUGGAGAAGCUGGACUACACUCUGAACAACAAGCGGCGGGUGAUCCGUCUGCUGAUGAAAUGGGCUAGCGUGCACGGAGAGCACCUGCAGCAGGAGGACAUGGUCUUCCUGGAGGAGUUUGUCCUGGCUGUAUCAGAGGAUGCCAAAGUACUUCCAGACCUCAGGGAUCAGCUUACAGAGCUGGAAAGAAUAACAAAAAGCAGUGCAGAAGAUGCCAGAUCCGCACAGAGAAAGCACAAAGUCCUUCUGCAGCAUUUCAAUUUGGGAGACGAGAAGCCUCAGAGACGGCAGCCAAUCAAGGGAGAUGAUGAAAUACUGUUCAAAGUGUUCUGCUGUGACCACACCUACACCACCAUCAGGGUCUCUGUGGCGUCCUCGGUCGGGGAGGUCCUGGAAGCUGUGGCGGACAAGCUGGGGUCAGCAGAGGAUCUGAUCCUGGUGGGCCUCAGUUCAGCCGGAGAGAAAGUUGUCUUCAAGCCAAACGAUGUCUCUGUCUUCUCCACGUUGAGCAUAAAUGGACGACUCUUUGCCUGUCAGAGGGACCAGCUGGAUGUGUUGAUGCCUCUACCUGAACAGGAGGGUCCAUCUGUGGGGUCGCUUGCCAAUUUCGAGUUGAUGAGCUCCAAAGACGUGGCUUACCACAUGACUUUCUAUGACUGGGAGCUUUUCCAUUGUGUACAUGAGUUGGAACUUAUCUAUCACACGUUUGGGAGACAGAACGUCAACAAAACGACUGUGAACCUGGAUCUCUUCCUGCAGAGAUUUAAUGAAAUUCAGUUCUGGGUAAUCACAGAGGUUUGUCUGUGUUCCCAGCUGAACAAAAGGGUUCAGCUCCUCAAGAAGUUUAUCAAGAUUGCUGCUCACUGUAAGGAGUACAAGAAUCUAAAUGCCUUCUUUGCCAUCAUUAUGGGUUUGAGUAACCCGGCGGUGAGCAGACUCAGUCAGACCUGGGAGAAACUUCCCAGCAAAUUUAAGAAGUUUUUCGGAGAAUUUGAAAACCUGAUGGAUCCGUCCAGGAACCACCGGGCGUAUCGACUCACUGUUGCCAAACUGGACCCUCCCGUCAUUCCCUUCAUGCCCUUGAUGAUAAAAGACAUGACAUUCACUCACGAGGGCAACAAAACAUUUAUCGACAAUUUGGUCAAUUUUGAGAAAAUGCGGAUGAUGGCUAAGACAGUGAAGACUAUGAGAUAUUGCAGGAGUCAAACGUUCAGCCCUGAAUCCCCUCUGGCUGGGAAGCACCACCCGGACGUUUGGACCUAUGUGCGUCAGCUCAGCGUGAUCGACAACCAAAGGACCCUAUCCCAGCUCUCUCACAGCCUUGAGCCCCGCAGGUCUUGAAACCAGUCGGGGGCAGAAAUGUUUAAUUUCUGACGCUGCUGCACGACGGGAUGCGGCACUCGUACUCGUAUCAUUUUUACUCCUGACUCAGGCAAUCACAUGGAGGACCUGAUGAGGUGUCUGAUAAUGAGAUAUUGUUUCAGCGACGCCUUGAGCCUUUUAUUACAGUCAUUUGUGAUUUUUCAACAACUGUAAUUGUUGUGAGAUGAAGUACCUCUUAUAUCGGUGUCAUGCAGAUAUCAUAUCAUAUCCAACCCAAAUAGGCAUAGUAGAUGAGGACUUCUGGUUGGUGGGGGUCUAAUUUAUUAGAUCAAUGUCUGCAAUCUUGGAUAUAAACACAAUUUAAUGCUUUACUCUCAGUAUUCCUGUAUUUUUUUUCUUUGUAUUUUUAUAAAAAAACUGUUUUUUAUUCCUGUUUAGGUUUGUUGUAAAUUAUGUACAGAUAUUUAUUUCACUUUUAAUUAUUAAUUCAUCAAGCUUUUCCUUAAAAGCCUCAAACAUGCGAUAUAAAAAUAAAAUAUCAAUGUAUUUGUGUACUGUAAUGCAGUUGGUGUCUGAUGUUCUAUUAGUAUAUUUUAGUCAUAGCUUGUCAAAUUAGCAAAUUCCAACUUAAGUUGUGUGUAGUUUAAGGAAUUAUUGAAGUCUAAACAUCUCACUGUCAUCUCAG